AAAAAAAAAAACGGCGCGGAAAAUGAUAAAACCCUGAGCUCCGGAAACGAGCGAUCCGCCGGAGAACGGAGCACAGGAAUUUCCGGCACCAGGAAAAUGGCGUCCGGUAAGGCUGCUUCUCGUUACGCUUUGUGCGACUCGCACUCCUCUGUCUCCUCCCAGCUCUCUUCCGCCUCCUCUGCGCUUUCCUCGGCAUCCUCCUCCGCCGGAGAUCCGAGACUCUGUACUGCUGGCUCGGCGAAAUUCCUGUCGCUGGCAGAGGGGAAUGGGUCCCGCGUCCUCGCCAGGGCGCAAUCCGCCGGUGUCCCUUACUCUACCCCGGUGAAGGCCAAGAACGAGCAGAACUUCGCCUCGCUAGUGAAGAGGUUUAUUGAAAGGAAGGCGAAGCCGUCGAAAGCCGCGACACCGCCGAAGCUCGUGAUCCCUGCGGAUAUAAUCGCCACCGAUCUGAAGAAGACGGCCGCAAAAGCGUCAAGGGUGUCCAACCUUCACCGGAAGUUCUUUGAGAAGGCUUCUGAUCAUCGGUCCCAAACUAAGAAGGCGUUGCCGGAGGGGAAGGAGAACACGAGAACAUUAGCGAUGGUGCUAAAGAGCGAACGAGACCUCAUGAGCCGGAACAAGGAGUAUGAAAUGGAGAUUGAGGAGCUCAAGGGAAUGCUGGUCGAGAAAAAUGAUGAAGUGGAGAAACUGAAGGACGUCUGUUUGAGACAAAGGGAAGAGAUAAGGGCACUAAAAUCUUCAAUUUUACUCCCUGAUAUUUCGACAUUGCAACUUGAAAAGCUUUUAGAGAAGCAAGGCUUAGAACUGAGACAUGCUAGAGAAGUCAUUCCAAAUCUUCAGGAGCAGGUUUCUUCCCUCACUGGCCAGAUUCGAAGCUUGGCUGAGGGACUUGCUGAGGUCAAAGCUGAAAAAUAUGGAUCAAAAGAUGACUUUGAUGGCAUCUCCAGCUGGCCUGCGACACCAGGAUGCAAUGAAGAGGCAGCUAAUUCACUGGAAUUCAGUUCUGGCCCAUCUGGGGAACCAGCAUCUCCUGGCAGUCCAAGUGAUAGGAUACUUAGAGACAUGAAUCCUUGCUUGACACCUUAUUAUGCCAAGUCGAAAUGCAAGGACUAUGAUGAAAUAAUUGGGUAUGGCGCUCCCUGUGAUUAUUUUGAGAACAAGCCAAAUAUGAAGCAGAAGCAAAACUUAGCUGUUCUCCAUGGGAAGCUGUCCAAGAGUCCCGAGUGCCCAAAGCGACACAGUUUAGGUGGCUUCACACGCUUAACUAGCAAAUCAGACGGAAGUAAAAGCCCUUUCGGGAAUCCAACUCUGCAAAGGCUGUUCUAAGCCUUUUCAUCAAAUUGAAAAAUAUGAUAUGGGAAUUACUGUACAGAAUUUAAAUGGUUCUUAUGUAUGUUUUAUUCCCAUCAUAAACUUAAGUUCACAUAUAAGAUGGUCAGAAGUGGUGCAGAUCCUUCAUUGAAGUUUUUUGUCUUUCAUCUGAGGUUUGGGUUCAUUCCCAGUUCAAGUUUUGUUGUAGUCCUUUGGUUUCUUCAGUUGAAGCUCUUUGUAAGUUGAAAUAUGAGUUACCAACGAAAGUUGUCAUCAAUAUAUAUUUCUUUUCGUCUUUUUAA